UAUCAAAUCACAGCCACACAACAUUGACUUUCAGAUUUUUUUCGCGUCGCAAAUUUUUUGGAAUAUACCAAAAUAUUUACUAAGACCAGUUAUUUAGACUGUUUUUGGCGCUCUUUGUUCAAAGAAGAAAUUUUGAAUAAUUUUGGUAGACAGAUCUAUCAAAAAACGGCCAUGUUAAAAACCUUUAAGACAGAAGACGAUAAGAAAGUGAAGCGACUGUACCACCAGCGCUAUCGCACCGAAUGGGAGAAGUUCCCUGCGUUCUCCAGCUGGCUUUGCUCCAGCAAUGAUGGUUACUCGGCACACUGCAGGAUCUGCGACGCUAAUGUCCUAGCCAGAUUGGCAUCCAUUAAGCAGCAUCUUGUCACACGGAAGCACCAGGAAAGUUCCAAAUGCCACAACAUUCUAUCGAAGAACAUGAUCAAGGGAGAGCUCUGCAAAGUGGAACAUGAUCCGGAUUUGGCGGCUUCUAUUAUUUCACCUAAAUCAAAAUUAAAACCAAAGUUCAAACCGAAGCCAAAAAUAAAGAGCAAAUUGCAGGUAAAGAUUAAGAACGAGCCUAAGGCGGAAAGAAUGGAGGAGGACGAAAUCGGAUCGAACGAUUCAAUCCUGGAUGAUCUGCUGAGAACCGACCCGGCGUAUCAGGAGCAAGAGUAUGUGGUUGAAAACGAGAUCGUCGAAGAACAGCACGAUUUGGAUGAUCAGGUGGUCUACGAGGAGGAACUGAUUAAUAUCAAGCAGGACGGAGCAGAGUUGCAAAACGAAUUCCAAGAGGACGCAAUUUCUGAGGACGUCAUUAUUAGCGAAUUUGACUUGUUUGGGAAGAGCUUGGCGCUGCAAUUGAACAAUAUGGAUUUGGAGGACGCUCUACUAUGCCAGGAACGUCUGCAAGUUGUACUGACAGAAUUCCGCCUCAAGAUUCUUAAGCGUAAAAAGGAGUUUAAACGUAGUUCUUAGGCUUACAUUUUAUAUCAAUUGUCGUCUUAUGUACAUAGAAAAAUCUUUAACAAUUAAAUAAAUAACUAUUCUGCCUCAA